AUGCUUUCUCGCUUGGCUUCAGUGCGUCCAAUCGGCUGUCUUCGAAAACUUUCGUCAAAGGGACAAGAAAAAACGAGCAACAUCGCCGAGUACAAAGUGGUCGAUCAUGCCUACGACGCGGUUGUUGUUGGAGCCGGUGGAGCGGGCUUGCGAGCGGCCAUGGGCUUGGCUGAAGGUGGAUUAAAGACGGCUGUCAUCACGAAACUCUUCCCAACUCGAUCACACACAGUCGCUGCUCAAGGAGGAAUCAAUGCCGCGCUUGGAAACAUGAAUCCUGAUGAUUGGAGGUGGCACUUCUACGACACUGUCAAGGGAUCCGAUUGGUUGGGUGAUCAGGAUGCGAUUCAUUACAUGACACGCGAGGCUGCGAAAGCUGUGAUUGAGCUGGAGAACUAUGGAAUGCCAUUUUCGAGAACUACCGACGGCAAAAUCUAUCAACGAGCUUUUGGUGGUCAGAGCAAUGACUUUGGACGAGGUGGACAGGCUCAUCGAACCUGCUGUGUGGCUGAUCGAACUGGACACUCGUUGUUGCAUACACUUUAUGGAGCAUCACUUCAAUACGAUUGCCGGUAUUUUGUUGAGUACUUUGCUCUGGACCUGAUCAUGGACAAGGGAGCUUGUGUUGGAGUUGUGGCUUUGUCGUUGGAAGAUGGAUCGAUUCAUCGCUUCCGCGCAAAGAACACCGUUUUGGCUACUGGCGGCUAUGGGAGAGCGUAUUUCAGUUGCACCUCGGCUCACACAUGCACUGGAGAUGGAACGGCGUUGACGGCUCGAGCUGGAAUCAACAAUUCGGACAUGGAAUUUGUGCAAUUCCAUCCAACUGGAAUUUAUGGAGCCGGUUGCUUGAUCACUGAAGGAUCACGUGGAGAAGGAGGCUUUCUCGUGAAUUCUCAAGGAGAGCGUUUCAUGGAAAGAUACGCUCCGGUGGCCAAGGAUCUUGCUUCACGAGAUGUCGUCUCUAGAUCGAUGACUUUGGAGAUUAUGGAGGGACGUGGAGUUGGACCCGAAAAGGAUCACAUCUACCUUCAACUACACCACUUGCCAGCUGAACAACUCGCCCAACGCUUGCCGGGAAUCUCCGAAACGGCCAUGAUCUUUGCUGGUGUCGAUGUGACAAAGGAGCCAAUUCCCGUUCUUCCAACCGUUCACUACAACAUGGGUGGAGUGCCGACGAACUGGAGAGGUCAAGUCUUGCAGUACACAAAGGAGAAAGGCGACCAAAUCGUUCAAGGACUCUAUGCGGCCGGAGAAUGUGGCGCUCAUUCGGUUCACGGUGCGAACAGACUCGGAGCCAACUCUCUUCUGGAUCUUGUCAUCUUUGGAAGGAGUUGCGCGAACACCAUUUUGCAAGAAACCAAGCCCGGUGUUGGAGUACCUGAUUUGCCAAGUGGAGCUGGUGAAGCGUCUGUGUCAAACAUUGACUCAAUUCGUCACAGCAAUGGAGACAUUCGCACGGCGGACCUUCGUCUCCAGAUGCAAAAAUCUAUGCAAAAGCACGCAGCCGUCUUCCGUCGAGGUGACGUCUUGAAAGAGGGAAUUGAGCUCUUGAAGGGCUACUACAAAGAUCAAAAACGAUUACACGUGAAGGACAAGGGUCUCAUCUGGAACUCCGAUCUUGUGGAGACGCUUGAGCUGCAAAACUUGUUGAUCAACGCCUCGCAAACGAUAGUCGCCGCCGAGAAUCGCAAGGAGUCACGUGGUGCGCACGCGCGUGACGAUUUCCCGAACCGGCUCGACGAAUUGGACUACUCGAAACCACUUGAUGGGCAAGUGAAGAAGGAAUUCGACGAUCACUGGCGAAAACAUACGAUUAUCAAUCAGGACACGGAGACUGGUGAGGUAAAACUCACGUAUCGCCCUGUCAUCGACGUCACUCUCGACAAAUCCGAAACUGACUGGGUACCGCCAAAAGUUCGCUCAUAU